AUGGCUGUGAGCGGUACCAGGGAAGGAAGGCAUCUGUGGGGAGGUCGUCGUAUCUCAUAUACAGUAUCUGAAUACUACUAUCCUGAAGGGUUCAAGAAAUCUGAUCUGACCGACCAUGAGAAGGCCAUCCAGAAUGGCAAGCAUAAGUUCAAGCAGCUCCCUGUACACGUAGCCUUCAAGCAGAUCAUUGCAAAAAAUGAGGCUACUGAGGCUAGUCGCAUGGCCGAAGAACUCCUCCUUGUUAAUCCCUUGGCCGACCUAGCACUCACUUUGGCUAUCGAAGAGGUCGCGAUCCUCAAAUCCGAAGCUUUCUUACAAUGGGCUGAGAAACAUGGGCUCAAGGUCACCAAGCACUGGCGCUCUGUUAAUUACGGUUGGCAGUUCAUCCAAGCGGCACAUUCCAUACAGUUGGCGGAUAUUGAGGUCUGGCUUAGUGGCCAUAAAUUUGGCAUAAUAGUAGACGAAUCAACCGAUAUCUCGGUCACCAAACAAAUCAUUCUCUACAUCAAAUCGAAGGGUCAGACACGAUAUGUCGGUCUCCGAGAUAUGCACGGUGAUGGAUCAGGUGAAGCCAUAAAGAAUGCUGCUGUGGGCUUGCUAGAAUCUUUACAGUUGCCGAAGGAGGAUCUUAUCUCGGUCACAUCGGAUGGGGCAUCAGCUAUGGUGGGAGCUAAGUCUGGUGCGGGUGUCUUACUGGAAAACUGGUGCGGGGGCCCUUUGAAAAAAGAGCACUGUAUAGUGCAUAGGGUGAACCUCGCCACGGGCGACGUAUUCGAUGCCAAGACCUGUACAGAUGGUGAUGUCCUACGUAUAGCAGCAGACGUGGAAGCUUGCGCUACAGAAAGCAAAUAUGAACCUUUGGGAAGCGACUUGAUCGACGACAUGGAGUCUGAUGAUGCCAGAAAAUUCGCCGUGUUCAUGCGCAAGCGCUUGCGCGCACGCAUCCCAGCCAUGUCAACCGCCCAAGAGGCACAGGUACACGACUUCAGGCUCUUGAAUCCGGAUUCUGAGGCUGCUGGUAACCCUCUGGUUGGUAGCGUUUUCUCGAAAAAGCUGAUCACCAGGGCCGCGCAUAGUCACUGGUCUAUCCAUUCGAGGCACUAUGGCUGCUCCGAGGAGGAUUUCGUCACAGCAUUCAAGAAGACCAACCGUCGUCUCUCUAGGCAGGCCCAUGUGAGAAGGAUUUAUAAUGAGCGGCUCCUUCUUGAUAUAGAGCUCAAAGAGAAGCCUGACGACAGGCAGCUGAAGAUCUACAGACUGGUAUUGGAAAUCGAGUCCUCCGUGGCGGUUGACUCCUGUGAAGCUGAACGUGGGUUCAGCGCUUUGCAGCGCAUCCGCUCAAAAACUAGGAAUAGACUGCAGGGUGUCAACCUCGAUGCCGCUAUGUCGCUGUCCAUAAACGCGACCCCUGCCUGCGAGGAGGUGGUGAAAGUGUGGUCAACAAUAAAGCCUCGUCGUAAGAAGGUAGCUGCUAAAAGGGCCACCAAAAGGGAUAGGGACGGUAUACCAGUCGCUAGCUCCUCGGAUGAGGAAGACUUCGUGUACGACGAUGUACUUUUCGAAGGGAACACCGACGAGGAAUGUGACCCUAUUGACGAGGAGCAUGAAUAUAACCUUAUGCUGCAAUCUGGGUAUCUCGUUUUGGAGGAAAGCGACGGGGAGUAA